AUGACAAAGAUCCUUAUUUUCGGUGCCACGGGCUACAUUGGGAAGCAAAUCGCCAACCUCCUCGUCCAAAGUGGUCAGUAUACUGUGUACGGCGUCGCCAGGGACGAAGCCAAGGCGCAGAAACUAGCCCAGCAGGAAAUCAUCCCCGUCAUUUCGGAGGAUCCGUUCGCCAACCCGGAGGCUGUUGUGUCGAUCGUCCGCAACAGACACAUCGACGUGGUGCUGGACGUGGCCACAAGCCCAGACACCCACAAGAUCUUGACCGAGCUGUCGCGCAUCGGUGCAGAGCGCCUCGAGUCUUAUAAGCGGCGCGGAAUCCAAGGUCCCAAGCUAGGGUUCGUCUAUUGCUCCGGGACUUGGGUGCAUGGUUCCUCGAGCACCGACUUGGUCAAUGACCUUGAUCCGGUCGGACCGUUGGCUAGCCGCCCGCCCCCAGCGCUGGUUGCGUGGCGGCUUGAGCUGGAAGAUGCUAUUCUGCAGGCGUCCGAUUCGCUCGACGUGAUGAUCGUUCGGCCUUCCCUGGUCUACGGGAGAGAAGGGGCCAUUUGGUCCUCCUUUUUUACACCUGUGCUUGAGGCGGCAAAGAGUGGAUUUGAGGGCUCAGUGGAGAUCCUGCUAGAAGAAGACUCCAAACCGGGAUUGGUUCACGUGGAUGAUGUUGCGAGUGGAUUUGUCAAGGCUAUCGAGAAGUUGCCAUGGGUUGCAGGGGCCCGAAUUUAUCCUGUGUUCAAUCUGGUGACUAGCCAGGAGAGUAUGCGGGGUAUCUUCGAUGCAUUGGCUGGAUGCUGGGGAUUUAAGGGGAAAAUUGAGCUGAAGGGACAUGGGGGGAACAGGUUCGCUGAGGGAAUGAGCACUAGUUUCCGGGGUUCAUCAGCACGGGCUCAGCAGAUCUUGGGGUGGCAACCAACCAGAACAAAUGGGUAUGUGAGCGACAUGGAUAUCUUUGCGGCAGCAUGGGUGGCACAGAAGAGUGUGUAA